AUUGGUGAAACAAGAGAAUCCGACUUCUCCCUGUUAAUGGUUGGUUAGGCUUAAUUAAUAGCAACCAAGCAUUGAAGGCAUUCGCAGCUUUCCUUCCACUUUCAACAGCUUCCUUUUGUGCUGUGCCAGUAGCUUGCAGCUGCAAUGAACGUACUUCUUAACGCGCCCACUUCGCACCCGCUCUCUCGAAAAUGGUCCCUUUUAUCUCCAGCAUUUUUCUUGAAUGGGACAUCUAUUCCGAUCGAUGACAAUCGAAACGGAAUUAGAGUUACCAGGGUGCCAUUCAUCCAAGCCACGCUUUCAAAACACACGGUUGAGAACCUUCCCAAUUCUGUGUCGAACACUGCGGUUGUGGCUCUUGAAGACGCAUUGGUGGCCGUCCCUUUGCCUCCUCGCAAAAGGGUGUUGGCGGAUUCGCUGCAAUUCCCGCCUGGGUAUCUCGGUGCCGUUCCGGACCGUUUGGGGUCUGAUGAUGAAGAGGAUAGUCUCGAUGCGAUGGAGUAUUUGACUAGAAUUUUGGGUUCGAAGGUGUAUGAUGUCGCUAUUGAAUCGCCGUUGCAGCUUGCGCCCAUGUUGUCUGAGCGUUUGGGGGUCAAUAUCUGGCUCAAGAGGGAGGACUUGCAACCCGUGUUCUCAUUCAAGCUCCGAGGAGCUUAUAAUAUGAUGGCCAAACUUCCAAAAGAACGGUUGGAAAGAGGAGUUAUAUGCUCAUCAGCUGGAAAUCAUGCUCAAGGGGUUGCAUUAGCUGCUAGGCGAUUAAGAUGUGAUGCUGUGAUUGCUAUGCCCGUUACUACACCUGAAAUUAAGUGGCAAUCAGUUCAAAAAUUGGGUGCAACUGUUGUUCUUGUUGGCGAUUCAUACGACGAGGCGCAAGCGUAUGCUAAAAAGCGGAGCGUAGACGAAGGCCGCACAUUCAUACCUCCUUUUGAUCACCCUGAUGUUAUAGCAGGGCAGGGUACAGUUGGGAUGGAAAUUGUGCGCCAAAUGAAGAGCAAAUUGCAUGCUAUUUUCGUGCCGGUUGGGGGUGGUGGUCUAAUAGCUGGUAUUGCUGCUUAUGUCAAGAGGGUUUCUCCUGAGGUAAAGAUUAUUGGGGUGGAGCCGUCUGAUGCAAAUGCUAUGGCAUUAUCAUUAUGUCAUGGUCAAAGAAUAAUAUUAGAAAAGGCUGGAGGCUUUGCUGAUGGUGUAGCAGUUAAGGAAGUGGGUGAAGAGACCUUUCGCCUUUGCAAAGGUCUCAUGGAUGGCGUAGUUCUUGUUGGCCGUGAUGCUAUAUGUGCCUCCAUAAAGGAUAUGUUUGAGGAGAAGAGAAGCAUUUUGGAACCUGCAGGCGCUCUGUCUCUUGCUGGAGCAGAGGCAUACUGCAAAUAUUAUGGGUUGAAGGGAGAAAACGUUGUGGUAAUAACAAGUGGUGCAAAUAUGAACUUUGACAAACUGAGAAUAGUUACUGAACUUGCCAAUGUUGGUCGUGAACAAGAGGCUGUGCUCGUGACUAAAUUGCCGGAGAAACCUGGAAGCUUUAAAAGAUUUUGUGAACUGAUUGGGGCUAUGAACAUUACAGAGUUCAAGUAUAGAUAUAAUUCUGAAGAAGAAGCGGUUGUUCUUUAUAGUGUUGGUAUGCAUAUGCCUUCAGAACUGGAAGAAAUGAUGAACCGGAUGAAUUCUUCUCAGCUUGAAACUUAUAAUCUCACAAACAAUGAUCUUGUAAAGGAUCACCUGCGUUACUUGAUGGGAGGCAGAUCAAAUGUUGAAAACGAGGUUCUUUGUCGUUUUAUCUUCCCAGAAAGGCCAGGUGCUCUAGAGAAGUUCUUAGAUGCUUUUAGCCCUCGCUGGAACAUUAGUUUGUUUCACUACCAUGGGCAGGGCGAAACAGGUGCAAAUAUAUUCGUUGGGCUUCAGAUUGAGAAACCCGAGAUGGGCGAAUUCCAUGAACGUGCUAGGAGGGUCGGGUACGAUUACGUUGUCGUAACUGAUGAUGGUAUCUUUCAACUUCUAAUGCAUCAUAGACCAACCCACAAGCCUCUAAAUUGAUUCUAAUGUCAACUUAUUAUCAACUCGGCAACUCCAAAUCUUGUACAUCAUAUUAGAGACAUGGCAUUCGAUGCUUCGAAGAGCUACCGUGUAUCCUUUACCUCGAAAUUUUGUAAUGUAAACUUGAUAUUGUUAUCUCUACUUACACAAUUAGGGGUGGGGGUUCGUUUUUCUAGUACUCUCCUUAUAUGAAUGAAAUGUUGCAACUAGUUAAUGUAA